AUAGUAUAAUGUGAGUGGACAUGGUGGAGAGAGUUGAAAGGGGUUUCCCCGAUUGGUUUCGAGAUGGUAUGGAUGACAAAGUUUGUUAAAUAUAUUGAGAUUCAUCCGCAACCUAAGAACUCUUCAUGCGGUCGAAAAGGAAAGAAUUUGGAUUAAAAAAAUGAAGUAAACUGAAUCCGCCACGAUGUGAAGCUGAGAGUUUAUCAUUAUGGGAUGGCAAACAUGGAACAUUGCGUCCGUGACAGUGAAAUUGGAGACGAUUGAGAGAAAAUGUAUUUAAAUCACAACUCUUCGUAGGAGAGGGACUCACAUCACUUCUGGGGAUCAAUGUUGUGGCAUCAAAGAUUUUUCUAUGAGAAUUCAUUUAUUGUAUCUAAUACUGUAUCAAAAUGGAUUUCAAGUCAGCUGUUUAUCUUUUCAUCUUCGGAAUAGCAUAUUUUUUUAUUGUACAAGUAGGAGCAAUAUCACAGUCAUCUAUUGUUCUGGAUAACGGAGGAUAUACCAAUAUUGUGGUAGCUAUUGAUGAAAGUCUGGAAGAGAAUGAUAGAUUGAUACCUGCAAUAAAGAAAAUUUUCAUCGAUGGGUCACGUUAUUUGUAUCAGGCGACACGAAAACGAGUAUACUUCAAAAGUGUCACCAUUUUAAUCCCAUCAAACUGGACAACAAGACCGGAGUAUCGAUCACCAGGACGAUUGACCUUUGACAUGGCUGACAUCCGGGUGGCACAGCCAAAUCCUCUGUGGGCCCCAGGUCCUUACACCCAUCAGGUCCAGGGAUGCGGAAAGCCCGGAAGCUACAUUCAUUUCAUCGAAGAAUUCCUGACGAACCCUGGAUACACGAAUUUUUAUGGACCCUUAGGAAAGGUGCUGGUACAUGAAUGGGGACAUCUCAGAUGGGGAUUAUUCAAUGAAUACCCGGAUCCAGUGGGUGACCAAAAUGACAUACGUCAUUUCUACCAGUCCAUGGAAGAUAGAAAAUACAAGCCCGUGGUGUGUAGCCUGGGAAUUGAGGUUACACCAAUGAUAACCAUCAGAUCAGAUGAGGACAAACAUCGCUAUGUAGAAUGCCAGGGAGACGAAGACAUUGGGUAUGAAGAAGGGUGUAUGGUAACGCCAAGAGGACCCGGGUCUGCUACUGGAUCUAUCAUGACUUCUCUUCUAAUAUUUGAAGAGAUAAGCAACUUUUGUGACAACGAUGAAAACGAUCCUGGUAACCUUCACAACAGAGAAGCACCCAACAAACACAAUCGUCUCUGUGAAUCAAGGAGUGCAUGGGAAGUUAUGAGGGAGCACGAAGACUUCAAAGACAACAACUCACCACCUCGGGAAUUGAGUGAUGUUGACAUUAUGCCAUCGUUUACACUGGCACAAGCUCGAAGUAGUGAUGACUGUCGUAUAGUCUUAGUCAUUGAUACAUCGGGGAGCAUGGAUACGAAUGGCAGAAUUACGAAAGCGGAGAGUGCAUCCACUGCUUUUAUUGAUCUGGUCACUGAAGGAACAUGGGUUGGUUUGGUUGGUUUUACCGAUAGCACUGAUAUAAUACAUGGGUUGAUACAGGUCAAUUCAUCAACCGAAAGAUCUUCGUUACUUGACAGCUUGAACCUUGUCGCAUCGGGCGGGACAUGUAUUGGAUGUGGUUUAGAGACUGGACUGCAGGUGUUGCGAGAACAUCCGUCAGGAGACCUUGCUGGAGCAGACAUUUUAUUGAUGACUGAUGGAGAAGACGGCGGUUUUGCUUCCCACACUAUAAGACAGACUUUACUGGCGGAAGGGGUGAGAGUCCACACAGUGGCUAUAGGAGAUGACGCUUACGGUGAACUGAAUACAGUAUCUCUGGAAACAGGAGGCCGUGCUUUCUCUUAUGGUGAUAAUGAUGGCUCUGCUAGUCUAACCACUUCUCUCAGUGAAACUGUUCGGAGCUGUAAAGGAACAAAACGCGUAGAGCUUUGUGCAAUAGGUGCUACUCUUGGCGACGGAGACGUGAAAUCAGGACACAUCGAUAUUGAUCCCUCGAUAGGCUUCAGGACCCAGUUCAUAGUAACUUACACUGAAGGCUCAGAUGUCACACCAGGAGUUACACUUACCCUAACCCAGCCGAACAACACGACUAUAUCGCCUGGUAGUCCUGAAUAUAGUGACAAUGUCCAAAGGAAGGUCAUCAACGUUGUAAUCGACGGUAAAGCAGAGUCCGGCAGAUGGUUUUAUCAAAUUGAAAACAAGUAUCCUGGAACACAGUCUGUGACAUUUUCCGGCUAUUCUUCACCAAAUCCCGAAGAGGCGGAAGAAGAAAACGUUAUAAUUGUGAAGUCCUACACCAGCACUUCGAUCUUAGAACAAUCUGAGAAUUUAAAAGCACUUGUCACAUAUGCGGAGGUCACAAAAGGGUCCCUGCCUGUUAUAAAUGCAUCCAUCCAAGCAAGUGUGGAACGACCGGGAGGUGAUAUUAUAACAUAUGAUCUCCUAGACAAUGGUGCAGGUGCCGAUAUCACUGCAAAUGAUGGUGUGUACAGCCGAUCAUUUCUUGACUACACUGGGGAAGGUUACUAUGGUAUCAGUAUCACGGCAGAGAAUGAUGGAAAUGCUAUGGUCUUGGUUGGUUCACAAGGGUCGCCAGCAAUGCCCUUCAUCAACAUCACAGAUGACGGUUACGUGGUCUCAGAUACAUCUAUAGGAAACUACACCAUACCACUUCCAGGAGAUAAUAUAUUCGACAACUUGGUGUUGGAGAAAGCGGCGCCUUUUACCAGAAGCUCGUCAGCCGGUUCCACCAAUGUCCCGACUCUUCCACAGAAUUUUACACCGGGCCAAGAUCAGUUCCCACCAAACCGAGUCCAUGAUCUUCGGGUUAAACUGACAUCUCUUAACGAUUCAUCCGUGGUUCUUACCUGGACUGCACCGGGUGAUGAUCUAGAUACGGGAACUGCUGCAUCUUAUGACAUCAGAGUAUCACAGUCUUCAGCGUUAAUUUUGGCAAAUUUUUCCGAUGCAACCCGAGUGGAAUUCCAUCAGGUUCUGCGAGGGAAUAUGUCAAGUCCCAAACAAUUUGGAUCAGUAGAAGAAUAUGUGAUCAGGGUUGAGGACGUCCCAGGUGUCACAUCAUUCUCGUAUGCAUUUGCUCUCCGAGCCUCUGAUGACGCGGGUCUGACUAGUCCACUUUCUAAUGUCGUGAUGGCAACAUUCAGGAGGGUGAUUCCUACAGCACCUGCCCCAACUGUUGGUCCAUGUAAUGGCAUGCUAUGUCAUAAUGGAGGCACUUUGCAUCAGAGUAAUUGCUCUUGUUUGUGCUCAGAUCAGUCGAAGGGAGAAAAUUGUCAAUAUGUGAAGUCACAACUCAGAAAUGGAGUCCAGAUCGAUCUUCGUGGGAACACUACUCAGUGGACAAACAUUGUGGAUCCCCUACUCGAAUCAGUGACACAACUGUUCAACAUCUUCUGCAACAAUAAUUUCGACGUCUGCUGCCAAGGCGAGAGAAAGGUUGCAAGUGGAAGUACAAAGAUUGAGUUUGUAACGAGAAAUGAUAUAAAGCUUGCUGACGGAUAUCCGGUUAUCAAAGGAACGGCAGAUGACGGAGAACCGUAUUUGAGCUCGUUUGUCGUGUAUGGUAUUAAAGCCGCUGGCCAAGAUUUUUGUUCCGAAGCUUCAGGAUUACUAACAAAAUGGAAACGAGAAGUUAUAUCAAAUGUCAAGAGACGAUCCGUUGAGCAUACGUUCAUCUCCAAACAUCUGUUGUUUGAAGCCAUUUUGAGUGGCCGUCUAGCCAUAUCUACCCACCUGCGAAACACCUCAUCAAGGGAUAUCUCUAUCGUUAAUAUUACCCUACCUGUCCGAGAGAAUAAUACAGUUCCAGCAGACACCAAACCACAAGGAACAGCAGCCAUUAUUGUAAUUAUCUGCAGUUUGAUCUUCUUAAUUGUAUUUAUUCUUCUGGGAGUCGCUUAUUACUACAAAAGGUUCAGGAGGAACAUUUUGGACCUAGCUGAAGCAGCCAAAGGUGAACCAGAACACUGUGGCAAAACUGGGAUUGAGAAUGUGAACAAUUCAUCCGGAGUUCCGAAAUGCAGAAUGAGGAUGGUUGAUGUGGAAGAUCAGAUUUAAGAGUCUCUCCAAACAAGAUUUUGGCCAAGCUUAUACGUUCGUUGAUUAUGGCCAGAAGGUGCCUGGAAAUGUCUGGCUAUAUUCGACAGAUUCUAUAGGAUCUCGAUCACGUAGUGGAUUUCCAAACCUGGUACUAUAUUAAAUGAAUUUGAUUAAAAAUAGUACAGUGCGUCCCAAAAAAAACUAUACACUUUUGAAAUGGCUGCCAAAUAAAAAAUGUAGCACUUUGGGGAAAAAGACUUACAUAUAUGGAAAGCCAAUAAAGUCAACUUUCAAAUGACACAAAAAAGUUGGAAAACUAUUCAUGCUUGAGCGAGCACUGCCCACUGAAACAAAGGGUAUGAAAAUUAGGGUGGGCUGGAAUUAGCCUUCCGAUUUAUGUAAGUUUUUGAGAGGCAAAUCCUUUCGAACUUGCAAAGUUAAGGGCGAUGUGAUAAAUUAAUGAUCAACCAUGACCAGUUUUGGUUGCUUAAGCAAAUUUUAUAAAUUAUUAAAUUGAACUUUAAUGCAUGAGUGAACACAAGUUAGACUUUUUGGGGAGCAUUUAAACUUUAUCAUUUGGAUCUCUUUUUGGGCAGCAUUUCAAAUUUAUCAUGUGGAUCUCAGCAAUGUGUUCAUGGGCGUCGGGAGAAUAGGGGGUGAGAUAGGACUUAAGUCAGAGAAGUAGGUUGAUGGAAUAAGGGUCAACAGAACAUUCAGCCCCCGCCCCCUCCCUCUCUCCCGCCCUCCCUCCUGUUGAGAGACUGAUGGCUAUUGUCAUGUACGCGUGAAGUCCAGAGCAGAAUGUUGAUUUAAUGAUUAAUUCUGAAUUGGGACAUCAACUUUUUCCUAUCAAUCAUUUAAUCAACAAUUUAUCAGUAAAUCAACUUAUUCAAUGUGCAAUGUGAUCAAUCAAACAUUCAGUUUUUUUUCAAUUAAUUAUUUCAUUAAUCAUCAUAAUCAUUAAAUUUCUUGGUAAUCAUUGAAAAAAAAAACUGACCAUCAGCCACCGGUCACUUGGCAGUUAAGUUUUGAAUAGGCUACAAAUGAUGCAGGAAGUGAGACAGAGAGAGGGGGGGGGGCUGGGAAAUGGAGGUGGAGAGGGGAGGGUACAUAUGACUUUUAAUUUGUAAAAGGAAAAAAAAGAAGAGGAAUGCCCUUUUAACCAAGUCUUAGCAUAUCUCGCCCUCUUGCUUGUAACGGGUACCAUCACAUUACUCUGACUCUCACGAACACACUUCUGAGGUUCACAAGAUGAAUAUGCAACAAUAAAAUUAAAAUUCCUGUUCACUCAUGCAUUAAAUUACAAUUUAGUAACUCAUGAAAUUUGCCUAAGAAACCAAAACUUAUCUCACUCAUUAAUUUAGCUUAACAAGUUCCAAAGGACUAACCACUCAAAAAAACUGUAAGGCUAAUUCCUGCCCAUCCUACUUUAGCUGAGCUUAGUUUCUCAGGAGGAGAUAAGCGGGGGGGGGGUGAGAUUGAGAGAGGGGUUGCUAAAUGUUCUGUUGACCUUUAUCCCAUCAACGUACUUCACCUACCUAAGUCAUAUUACCCCCUCUUCUCCUGACUGUCGUGAACACAUUGUUGAGACCCACAUGAUAAGACAAAAUGCUGCACCCAAUUCAUGAUCACUCAUGCAUUAAAUUUCAAUUUAAUAACGCAUUAAAUUUUCACAAACAACAAACUGAUCACAACUGAUCUUUAAUUCACCAAAUAACCAUCAACUUUGCAAGUAC